CUUCCCUCUCAGGGUAGCUGCCGCUGUCCUUCCCGCAGUUGGCCCUGUGGUGUUCCGAAGCCGGUUCCGUACGGCCUGAGGGCCAGGCGAACCUCAGGCUCUUUGUCCUACUAAAAAGCGCAGCAUUUUGGGAAGUGGAGGUCGGAGGAUGGCUUGAAGUCAGGAGUUUGAGACCAGCCUGGCACAAUGGUAGAAGCAGAUCAUCCUGGCAAGCUUUUCAUUGGUGGCCUCAAUAGAGAAACCAAUGAGAAGAUGCUUAAAGCAGUAUUUGGGAAACAUGGUCCCAUAUCAGAAGUUCUUUUGAUAAAGGAUCGAACCAGCAAAUCCAGAGGCUUUGCAUUUAUUACUUUUGAGAACCCUGCAGAUGCUAAGAAUGCUGCCAAAGAUAUGAAUGGAAAGUCUUUGGAUGGAAAAGCAAUAAAAGUAGAACAAGCCAAGAAACCAUCUUUUCAAAGUGAUGGUAGGCGGAGACCACCAGCUUCUUCGAGAAACAGAAGCCCUUCAGGAAGUCUGAGAUCUGCAAGAGGAAGCAGUGGAGGAACAAGAGGGUGGCUUCCCUCACAUGAAGGACACCUGGAUGAGGGUGGAUACACUCCUGAUCUCAAGAUGAGUUAUUCUAGGGGACUCACUCCAGUUAAAAGAGGUCCAUCUUCAAGAAGUGGAGGUCCUCCUCCGAAAAAAUCUGCUCCUUCUGCUGUGGCAAGAAGCAGUAGUUGGAUGGGAAGCCAAGUGAUCGUGAUGGCUACUGUUAGGCCCAUGGUAGGGAUCAUUCUGAACAUCCACAUGGAAGUUGUUACAGAGACAGAUGCAUUUCAGAGAUACGGGUGCACCCUGCUCCUCAUGAAGCAUAUGAUAGCUCCUGUUACAGGACAUCUACAGGAGAUGGUGGGGAAAGUCGAUUGGAGAAAAGAGACUGAAGCAGAUAUUAAAGCAAGUAUUCAAAAUAAUAGUUAUUGCAUACCAAACCUUGUUUGCAAAUAGAAAAUUGACAUGUUAUUUCUGGAUUGUUACCCGCAUAUUACUAAAAGAAACAUGUUGGUUUUGUGGAGAGAGAUUCUUAGUAACUUUCUCCAUGAAUUUUUUGAGGUAUUCAAAGGAAAAGGAUUUUUUUCAAAGUAAUUUCAUACUUGUUAAUGCUACUUGAAGACUAAAUGUUUAGACGUAACAUCUACAUUAAAAUUUUCAGAAUAAAAUUUUACGUGUAAUGCAAAAUGUCGAUGUGAUUGCUUAGCUGAACAUGCUUAGAAGCAAAUUCAAUAGAAGAGUACAUUUUGUUGUUUGUAGAACAUUUUCCUUUGUUUCUUUGAACAUAAACAGAUACAAAAUUAGGCAUAUGUUACAUCUCCGUUGCAAACUCCACAGGUGUUCUAAUUAAGCUGUUUCUCUUUAAAAACUUACAAGCUUAAAAUAUUUGACUAGUCUUCAGAAAGACUACAAAACUUCUGCCUCACCAUACAAACUUUAUCUUUUAGAGGAAUAGUAUAGGUGAAAGGAAAUAAUUAGAUGUGAUUGAUAAUAAAGUUUAAGACAUCUGGAACAUUCUACUUAAAGCAUUCUGUGACUGAAGAGGAAUAAUGGUAAUGAAAACUUUUUUUUUUUUAACCUAAAUCAAAACUGAACUAGCUAGGUUUCUCAAGUGCAUAGCAUAAUGAAAUUAAGUGUUCCUAGUUUAAAUAGUGUAAAAUAAGUGUUUUGUCUUGGGAGGUGCGCAUGUAAAUUUUUUUCCUGAAAGUUUUGACAAUGGUUGCUGUAAGUGAUAGUUUAGUAGUAAGUUCUUACAAGUAGGAACAAUCUAGAAUGUUUGGGAUUUUAUCAAAUUUUUUGAGAUGAAGUGUAGCUCUGUCACCCAAUCUGGAGUGCAGUGGCCACAUCUUGGCUUACUGCAACCUCCAACUUCUAGGUCCAAGCUAUUCUGCCCAGCACCCUGAGUAACUGGUAAUAUAUAUGUGUGCACCACAGUUGGCCAAUAUUUUGUAUUUUUAGUACAGACAGUGUCUCACCAUGUUUGUCAGGCUGUUUUUUAAAUUCUGAUCCAUGCUCCUUGGACUCCCAAAGUGCUAAGAUUACAGGCAUAAGCCACCGCCCUCAGCCUAUCAGAUGUAAUAGAUGAUAUGAAUGGAAAUGCUUUAAACUUCAUACUUUUGGGAAAGUGAAGUACGCGAAACAUAAAACAAUAGCAUAAAGUUUCAGAUAGGAGAUUGCUUAAGGGUUUAAGAAAUCAUCAAAUGAUAAAAAUAAAAAGAUUUGGACCUAAAUGUCUAAACAAAGUAAUUUUCCUGAUUAUCCAACCUAAGGUAAUGAAAUACAUGAAGUUCUAGAAGUUUUACAGUCCAUAAUUCUUACAAUUAACAGAUUAAUCUGCAGGGAGAAUGUAUUUUCUUGAGAAAAUUUUGACAAGAUCAUCAAUUUUUGUAGGGUAAGUGUGCAAAUAAUUUUAAAGGGAGAAGUUACCAACCUUGAUUUUCAAGUGAGUUAUUCAUGUUGUGAAGCUGUGUUUUCAUUCACCUAUAACGUAGGAUUCUAAGGAUGAAGUGAAAGAUAGAACUCCCUAGUCUUUUGUAUCUUACUCUCCAGGUGUGAUGGCUCAGUUCUUUAACUCCAGCACUUUGCGAGGAUGAGGCUUACAAAUCACUUUACUUCAGGAGUUCAAGACCAGGCUGACCAAUACCAUGAAACCCCAUCUCUACCCAAAAUACAAAAAUUAUCUGGGUGUGGUGGCACAUGCCUGUAGUAUGUCACAGUUAACUGGGAGGCUCAGGCAGGAGAAUCAUUUGAACCUGGGAGCUUGAGGCUGCAGUGAGCCAAUAUUGCACCACGCACUCUAGCCUGGGUGACAGAGCAAUACUACAACUCAAAAAUAAUUAUAUGAAUCAACAAAUAUAUAAAUAAUAAAUAGGGUAUCUUUCAGUUCAAGCACUUAUCAUUUCUUUUUUCUUUUUUAGAGACAGGUUCUCACUCAGUUGUCUAGCCUGGACUGCAGUGGCACCAUCGUAGCUCACUGCAGCAUUUAACUCCCGGGCUCAAAUGUGAGAGCCUUCCAUUUCAGCCCCCCAAGGAGAUGGAAUUACUGACACACACCACUGUGCCAGCUUCUGUGUUUGUGUGUUGUGGUAGGGACAAUGCUUCGGAUAUAUUGUUCAGGCUGGUCUCAGACUCACAGACUUAGGUGAUCCUCCUUCCUUGGCCUCCCAAAGUGUUGUGAUUAUAGCCAUGAGCCACUGAGUCUGGCACUUCAUUUCUUGGUAUGAGCAACAUUCCACCUUCAUUCUUUUAAUUUUUUGAGAUAAACAAUAAGUCAUUAUCAAGUGUACUCAUCAUGUGCUACUGAACACUAGAUCUUAUUCCUUCUAAGCAACUAUAAUUUAACCCACCUCAUCCCCUCUUUGAUCCCUUCCUUACCAGUACACAUUGCUUGUAUCAAAAUAUCGCAUGUAUGCCACAAGUAACUACAACUGUUAUGUACAAAUUUU